AUGUGUGACAAGCGAUUGUGUUCAUGCAAGAAGAGAUCUCUGUCGUCUGAAAUCGACCCAAAAACGUUACAAGAACUUGAAAAUCGGUUCGCAAACUUCUUAACUACAAAGAGUACCUCUUUACUGAAGAAACACCUCAGUCGUAGCACUUUUGACCGUGUAAAAACAUUAAAAUCAAAUUAUGGCUCAACCCUGCUCGAGGUCAUUCAGUCGGGAUUGGCCAAUCCUGAUUCCGGUGUCGGCCUUUAUGCUCCGGAUCCUGAUUCUUACCGUGUCUUUUCUGAUCUCUUCGACCCUGUAAUCGAAGAUUAUCACAGCGGGUUUAAACCCAGCGAUCUUCAUCCUUCAUUAAAUUGGGGCAAUACGAAGGAUCUUGGAGAUCUCGAUCCCGAAGGAAAAUACAUAGUAUCGACAAGGGUGCGCUGUGGAAGAUCCCUCGAAGGUUACCCCUUUAACCCUACGAUGACGGAUUCGCAUUAUUACGAAAUUCAGAAUAAAGUCCGAGAUGCACUCGAGUCAAUGACGGGCGAAUUAAAAGGUAGGUACUAUCCCUUAGAAGGUAUGGACAGCACUACUCAGCAAAGACUCGUGGACGAGCACUUUCUUUUCAAGGAGGGAGAUCGCUUUUUGCAAGCUGCAAAUGCUUAUCGUUUCUGGCCAACUGGAAGAGGGAUAUUUUUUAAUGAGGUGCGAACUUUUCUCGUUUGGUGCAACGAAGAGGAUCACAUGCGAAUAAUAUCAAUGCAGUCGGGUGGUAAUUUAGCACAAGUUUAUGGAAGAUUGGUUAAUGCGGUUGAACAAAUUGAAAGAAAAAUUCCCUUUUCUCGCCACGAACGGCUGGGGUUUCUCACAUUUUGUCCAACUAACCUUGGAACGACGAUACGUGCCUCGGUGCACAUUAAAGUUCCCAACCUCUCCGUCGAUUAUACAAAGUUUGAACAAUUCGCAGCUACGUAUAAUCUUCAAGUAAGAGGUACUCGGGGUGAACACACUGAAGGUACAGGUGGUAUUUAUGACAUUAGUAACAAACGACGUCUCGGUCUCACAGAGUUCGAAGCAUUGCAAGAAAUGAAAACCGGAGUUUUGGCGAUUAUUCAGCAAGAAGUGAAUUUGGAAUCAAUCGAACGUUCAUAAUGUUUCAUUGC